AAAUAUUAAAUUAUGUUGUGCUAUAUAUAGUCAUUAUUAUACCACGGCAUGAGUCACCCAAAGGUUCUACAACUAAAUUCCCAAGUACUUAUUCCCACCAGUACGCUUCACUAGAUCUCUCACAAUAUCACACUCUCCACCAAAACAGUACUGUAGUACUAGAUCCACUAUGGGAUCACUCCGCGGUCAAGACCUUCAAAAACCUUUGCUCCAAUCAGAAGAAACGCCACCGCCACAGCCACCGACUUUGUUAUCAGAUCAAUCAUCAGAUGAUCACAGAGAGGUGAGUGAUGAGCUUGAGACGGUAUUGUCAAACACAGACUUGCCGUUUUGUCAACGGGUUCGGCCGGCAAUUUGUAUAGAGCUGAAGCUCCUAUGGCAACUAGCUGCCCCUGCCGUGUUCGUUUACAUGGUGAACUACGUCAUGUCCAUGUCUACCCGGAUUUUCUCCGGCCACCUGGGGAACCUUGAGCUCGCUGCCGCCUCCCUCGGUAACAGCGGCAUCCAAUCCUUUGCUUAUGGUCUCAUGUUAGGAAUGGGAAGUGCAGUGGAAACCCUAUGCGGACAAGCAUAUGGAAUUAAGAAGUACCAAAUGUUAGGCAUUUAUCUCCAGAGAUCAACCAUUCUCCUUACUAUAACCGGGUUCCUUAUCGCUUUAAUCUACGUAUUUUCCAAGCCCAUUCUCAUAUUACUUGGCCAAUCAACAGAGAUCGCAUCGAUGGCGGCUAUCUUCGUCUACGGUCUAAUCCCUCAGAUAUUCGCCUACGCCAUGAAUUUUCCGAUACAAAAAUUCCUGCAGGCUCAAAGCAUUGUCAACCCAAGUGCCUACAUUGCAGCAGCAACAUUGGUUAUGCAUUUGGUUCUGAGUUGGGUUGUGGUCUUCAAACUUGGGCUUGGGCUUUUGGGUGCGGCCCUGGUGUUGAGUUUUUCUUGGUGGGUAGUUGUGAUAGCCCAGUUUAUGUAUAUUGUGUUGAGUGAAAAGUGUAAGUACACUUGGGCUGGGUUUAGUGUACAGGCUUUUUCAGGCUUGCCCGGUUUCUUUAAGCUAUCGGUUGCUUCGGCUGUAAUGCUGUGCUUGGAGACUUGGUACUACCAGGUUAUGGUGCUGAUUGCUGGGCUGCUAGAAAAUCCGGAAUUGGCUUUGGAUUCUCUAUCUAUCUGUAUGACAAUUUCGGGAUUCGUGAUCAUGAUCUCGUUCGGAUUCAAUGCUGCAGCAAGUGUGAGAGUAAGCAACGAGCUAGGAGCAGGGCAUCCGAAGUCAGCUGCAUUUUCUGUAGUCGUUGUCAGCAUAGUCUCUUUCAUUACCUCUGUGGUGUUGGCAACUAUUGUAUUAGUGUUUAGGGAUGUUAUAAGCUAUGCUUUCACGGAGGGUGAAGCUGUGGCCAAUGCUGUCUCGGACCUUUGCCCGCUUCUCGCCAUUACCCUCCUCCUCAAUGGUAUUCAACCUGUUUUGUCCGGUGUGGCUGUUGGGUGUGGAUGGCAAGCUUUUGUUGCUUACGUCAACGUCGGAUGCUAUUACAUGGUUGGAGUCCCAUUGGGUGUUUUACUUGGUUUUUACUUCAAAUUGGAGGCUAAGGGCAUAUGGACAGGGAUGAUAGGUGGAACAGUAAUGCAAACUUUCAUUUUAAUAUGGGUCACCUUUCGAACAAAUUGGAUAAAAGAGGUGGAAGAAGCCAUGAAGAGGUUGGAUAAGUGGGACGACAAGAAGGAACCGGUUUUGGUGAAUUAAAAGACACAUUUCUCAUUGAUCAACGCUUUCCUUGGAUUUCACGAUUGGGCAACUAGCUUAAUAAGUUAACAGUUUAAAAGGAAAAAAAGAGAGAAAAUAUACUAUUUCAUUUCGGUGUUGCAUUUUUUCUAGGCUUAUCAAUUGAUUCGUUAGAAAAAAAGUAUGUUAGGUGUGUGAGGUUAUUGUUUGAUGUACAAGAAACCAGAAUAAUUAAGGCAAUGUAAAUUCUCGUUGAGCGUCUUCGGUUGUUA